AUGGCAACUCUCUGUCACGCUCUGGAAGCUGUGAGGCGAGACUUAAGACGAACUGACAGAGAAAUAAAGAGACGCUUAAGGCUUACGGAUAUGCAUUGCUGCCCUAGAUGCUGCGAUCUCCACACACAUUGCCUCUGUGACAUAAGUUGCCAUCCCCACUGUUGCUGUCUUCUCCACCCGUACCCACACUGCCUGUGUGACAUACUAUGCUGUCGACCCUGUCCACCACCCUGCCUCACAUCUUUGGAGCGGAAAGCUAUCAGAGCUAAAAUAGAAGCUGAGCAAGAACUGGCCAGGAUUCGAAGAAGGAUUACUAAGAUGCUGGCAACAUGUAGUCGCCCAAAGCUUUUAGCUUUAAUGGACGUUAAGGGUUUUGACCCUGAAGACAUUACAGUGAAAGUACAAGAUGGGAAGGUUAAAGUUUCAGCUGAACAUGAAGAAGAAUUUAAGACUUGUAGAGGGAAGGAGUACAACUACUCAACCGUCACCAAGGAGAUCUGUUUGCCACCAGGUGUGUCAGAUCAUGACGUAACUUACUCCAUAGGACCCUGCAGUCUCGUGAGGAUAGAAUCGCCAGGCAAAGUGCCUCCCUGCCUCCUUAGUCUGCUUUAAAGACACUGGAUGAUCAGCUCUGGCAGCUGUUCAGCAUCAGGAUGCAACACCAGUGGAUCCUCAGGGGAAUUGUUGUGUGUGCUUGUUUUUAAUCUCACCCUUUAACCAUGUGUUGGCAUCAGUGUUAAGCUUCUUCUAACAAUGACAAUGCUGCGCAUCUGCUGGUUUGACUGAAAGUUUACUUCUUUUUAGUUGUGCUUUAAAGAGUCUGUGCUUAGCUGGCAAUUGCAACAGGGGGGGAAAUACUAUUCCUAUGUAUUUUUAGCUACAGAGCUGAAAACGUAGGGGAGGGCUCUGGCUCAGUAGUUGAGCACAUGCUUUAGGAUCAGGUAGCAGGGGACGGGAAACACUGUGCCCAGAUCCUGGAAAGCUGCUGCCAGCCGGAGCAGACAGUUCUGAGCUUGGUGGAAAAAUAGACUGACCUCUUAUGAAGCCGCUUCCUAUGUCCUCC